AUGCGCCGUCCGCGGGUGCCGCACGCGUACACCGGCAACGCCGUGCUCUGGUCGCGGCCGACUGCCACGGCAGGGGAUCUGGUGGCCAUGCUGCUGCGUCAAGUCGCCGAGCUCAUACGCCAGGAGGUUUCCCGGAUCGACGACGGCUACUUCAGGUCGUUCAUCGACUUCGCGAGCUCCGGCGCGGUGGAGAACGAGCAGCUCGUGCCGACGGCUGAUCCUUCGGAGACGGCGAAGAGCCCACACAUCGCGGUUUACAGCGUGCUCAGGUCGCCGUUCCACGAGGUCGACUUCGGCACCGGCGGUGGCAAGCUCUUCUUCUUCAUGCCUAGUUACGUCCCGGUGGAGGGCUUGGUGGUCGUCGUCCCGUCGUUCUGCAACGACGGCAGCAUCGACGCCUAUGUGUCUCUCUUCAGCCACACCGUGGACGACUUCAAGACCUGCUGCUAUUAUUCCCUGGCAGCAGCAGGAGAGGCACGCCUUUAG